CCGCGGCUCACAUUUAAAGUUCUCGAAGUAUUCUCUCGCUUACGCGAAAUAUCUCGUAACCCUAUAAAUGCCUCUCCCAAAUUCUGAAUCCUGCAUUUUCCCCUUCGAUUCCCGGCGAAUGUCAAUGAUCUCUGCUUUGUAGCUCCGAUUUUCCGAGGAUUUUCAAGCGUUUUCCCGGAAAGCUGAGAUAGAAAUCGUGUGUUUUCCCGGUUUUCGAAUCCGAUGGAUGUAGUAGCGUCAUGUUUUCUUUGCAGAAGCAUUAGGAUUCCGUCGACCACAACGGCGACGGCGGCGUUCACGGUCUCACGGCGGCCACUCAAGUCGGUAUGUCUCGUGCCGCACUACAAAGACGGUGAAAUUCGUGUUUUCAGGUCGCGGAGGUUUGUCUGCAGCGGCGUUAAUGGCGGAAACAAGCUCAGUAGUAGCGGUAGUUCGAGUAGUACCACGAAGAAGAAGCCUCGAAGGAAAAAUAGCGUUUUUCAAAACCCUAAAUCUCGAAAAAUUGAGAAGAGAAACGGUAUCGACACUGCUAGUGUUACCGGUACAAGUGGUAAAACAAUUGUUGAGGAAAAGAAACAACAAGAAGGAAAGGUGCAGGAGCAGCAGAAGAGAGGUAGGGAAUUGAAUCUUCGUCCCUUGAGUCAGAAUGGCGAUCCCUUGGGGCGGAGAGAUCUUGGUCGGAAUGUGGUGAAGUGGAUAAGCCAGGCGAUGAAGGCCAUGGCCUCGGAUUUCGCCUCCGCAGAGAUGCAGGGGGAGUUCUUGGAGUUGAGGCAGAGAGCGUGUUCGGGUUUAACGUUUGUGAUACAGGCUCAGCCAUAUCUCAAUGCAAUUCCGAUGCCGUUAGGGCUAGAAUCGGCUUGUUUGAAGGCUGCGACCCAUUACCCUAGUCUGUUCGAUCAUUUCCAGAGGGAGUUGCGAGAUGUUCUUCAAGACUUGGAGCGCAAGCAAUUGAUUGGAAAUUGGAAGGAGACAGAAUCUUGGAAGCUGCUCAAGGAGAUAGCAAAUUCGGCUCAGCAUCGGGCUGUUGCUCGGAAAGCAACACAUCCAAAGUCUGUUCAAGGUGUUUUCGGGAUGGACUUGGAGAAGGCCAAGGCUUUACAAACAAGGAUUGAUGAGUUCACCAGCCUUAUGUCAGAAUUGCUUCAAGUAGAACGAGAUGCAGAACUGGAAGUGACACAAGAAGAGCUCGAUGUUGUUCCAAAUCCAGACGAGAACAGUGAGUCAUCAAAGCCGAUAGAGUUCUUGGUUAGGCAUGGUGAAGCUCCACAAGAACUUUGUGACACAAUUUGCAACUUAUAUGCAGUUAGUACCUCUACAGGACUUGGAGGUAUGCACUUGGUUUCGUUUAAGGUGGGAGGAAACCACCGUCUCCCCCCAACUACCCUUUCUCCUGGUGACAUGGUUUGUAUACGGAUAUGCGACAGUAGGGGAGCUGGUGCGACUUCUUGCAUGCAGGGGUUUGUUCACAACCUUGGGGAUGACGGAUGCAGCAUCAGUGUGGCUUUAGAAUCUCGCCAUGGAGGUCCGACUUUCUCCAAGCUCUUUGGAAAGAGAGUGAGAAUUGAUCGCAUUCAUGGGUUGGCAGAUACAGUAACAUACGAGCGCAACUGUGAAGCCCUAAUGUUGCUGCAGAAGCAUGGUCUGCAUAAGAAAAAUCCAUCAACUGCCGUGGUGGCGACACUAUUUGGGGAUGGAGAAGACAUAACAUGGCUAGAACAGAAUGGUUUUGUAGAUUGGUCCGAGGCAGAGUUGGCCGAUGAACCAGUUGGGUGUGAACAUUUUGAUGUUUACCAGAGAAGAGCAAUUGCUUUGGGGUUGAACAAAAAGCGGCCUGUUUUGAUAGUUCAAGGACCUCCUGGCACUGGGAAGACCGGAAUGCUCAAAGAGCUAAUCACACUCGCUGUUCAGCAAGGGGAAAGAGUUCUUGUAACAGCACCAACCAAUGCCGCUGUUGAUAAUAUGGUCGAAAAGCUCUCAUAUCUUGGGCUAAACAUUGUCCGUGUCGGAAAUCCUGCGAGAAUAUCGUCAGGCGUUGCAUCAAAAUCUUUGGGGAAAAUCGUAAACUCCAAACUUGCAAGCUUCCGAGCAGAACUUGAAAGGAAGAAAUCAGAUUUAAGAAAAGACCUCCGGCAAUGUCUGGAGGAUGAUUCUCUGGCAGCUGGCAUCCGGCAGCUCCUGAAACAGAUUGGGAAAACGCUGAAGAAGAAGGAGAAGGAAACUGUCAAAGAAGUGCUGUCAAAUGCUCAGGUAGUUCUUGCAACUAACACUGGAGCAGCUGACCCUUUGAUUAGGAGGCUAGAAACAUUUGAUCUGGUUGUUAUAGAUGAAGCUGGUCAAUCUAUUGAGCCUUCCUGCUGGAUCCCAAUAUUGCAAGGUAAACGCUGCAUUCUUGCUGGUGAUCAUUGCCAGCUGGCACCGGUUAUUCUAUCAAGGAGAGCUUUAGAAGGCGGUCUCGGUAUAUCUUUACUGGAAAGAGCCACAACUUUACAUGGUGGGGUUCUCGCGACUAAGCUAACGACUCAGUACCGUAUGAAUGAUGUGAUUGCUAGUUGGGCAUCAAAGGAGAUGUAUGGUGGAUUGUUGGAAUCUUCUCCUACCGUGGCUUCUCAUUUGCUGGUUGAUUCUCCCUUUGUGAAGCGCACUUGGAUAACGCAAUGCCCUUUGCUUCUGCUUGACACAAGAAUGCCGUAUGGGAGCUUAUCAGUGGGAUGUGAGGAGCGUCUAGAUCCAGCUGGUACCGGCUCAUUUUACAAUGAAGGGGAAGCAGAUAUCGUGGUUCAUCACGUCUUUUCUUUAAUUUAUGCAGGUGUUAGUCCAACAGCUAUUGCAGUUCAAUCACCAUAUGUUGCGCAAGUGCAGCUCCUCAGAGAAAGGCUGGAUGAUUUUCCAGAGGCAGCGGGUGUCGAGGUUGCAACCAUCGACAGCUUUCAAGGUCGGGAGGCUGAUGCAGUGAUAAUAUCGAUGGUAAGGUCUAACAACUUAGGCGCAGUGGGAUUCUUGGGAGAUAGCAGGAGAAUGAACGUCGCCAUAACAAGAGCUCGGAAACACGUGGCAGUAGUGUGCGAUAGCUCGACUAUCUGCCACAACACGUUCCUGGCGAGGCUGCUGCGUCACGUACGCUACUUCGGGAGAGUGAAACACGCAGACCCUGGAAGCCUGGGAGGAGGCUCACCAGGACUUGGCAUUGACCCAAUGUUGCCUUCUCUCGGUUAAGGCAGAGGAACAACCAUGGGGAUGCAACACAACCAGCGAAAGGAUACCGACCUGCCAUGCAUCAUUUGGUAGAACCGUUCUGUCACACCAACGAAUUCAGACGACAUCACACGUGUAUACAUAUAAGCUCCUUAUAUUAUAUCUAUCCUUUUCUCCCCUAAUUUCCACCAUAACACUAUAUAUAUAUAUAUAUAUGUGUGUGUGUGUUUGUGUGUGUGUAUAUACCAUAUCACGUGUCUAUAGACUAUAGCCAUUAAAAUUCAUUUUAAUUUUUCAAGUUAAUUCAUAUAAAACUAAAUAGUAAUAUUAUGUAUA